AUGAUGGCGACGUCGAUAGAGAAGGUCAAGAGCCUCAAUAAGGAGCUAGCCAAGGCAUCGUCCGAGUCGCGCACAGACGAUGUCAUUGCAUUGCUCAACCAGCUAAAAGAGGCGGUGGAGCCUACGGAGGAGCUGAUUCGUGUACGUAUUUUAGUUGAUCUCACACAGGCCACCAAAGUCGGUGUCGCGGUAGGCAAGUUGCGGACCUAUACCGACGCGCGCGUUGCCGAACUCGCCAAAGACCUUGUCAAAACGUGGAAGUCGCACGUGGAGAAGCAGCGCCGCGACGCCACGUCCAAGGCCAAGAGCGCAAAAGAGGCACCCAAGGCUGAGGCGUCUGUUAGCAAGACGGACGCAGCAAGCGUUCCACCUACUGACAUCAAUUUUGAGAUCCUUCAAGACAAGGUCCGAAAUGCCUGCCUGAAGCUCCUGUACAACAGUCUCGAACUGCAGCCGUCGAUGGACCCCAAAACGAUCUUUGCCACUGCCCUCCGUAUCGAGAAGGCCGCAUACGAUAAGGUAGGGGCUAGUACGACAAACAAUGACUAUCGCGGGAAAGUGCGGAGCUUGAGCCUGAAUCUCAAGGACAAGAACAACCCUGAGCUCCGCGCCAGUGUGCUUAGUGGCGAAAUCGCCGCGCACCAACUCGUCGUCAUGCGCUCCGAGGAGCUGGCGUCUAACUCCCUCAAGGCACAGCAAGAGUCGAUCCGUCAGCAAAAUCUACACAAUGCGAAGGGCGCCGAGGCCCAGGAGGCUGAAACGGACGCCUUCCAAUGCGGCAAGUGCAAGGCCAAAAAGACACGCUACUACCAGAUGCAGACGCGCAGUGCCGACGAACCUAUGACGACGUUUGUAACCUGUGUCAACUGUAACAACAAGUGGAAGUUUUGCUAG